AUGUUAAAACUUCCUGGGAUAUUCAAGCAUUUUCCCGGAUAUCGGUAAUUUUUUAAUGUUUAUGCAUUAUUCGGUUAAACCAAAUAAUAAUACAAUAACAAUUAUAAAUAUUUUUAUUUACUUAGUUUUUGCUAGAAACUUCUCGAAUUUUUAUGAAAACUGUUUUAUUUCUAUUUUUUUACUUUAUUCAAUUUUAAAUAUUUUUACAUAAUAAGUGAGAAAUGGUUAAGAUUUUGAAACAAUUAUGUUUUUAGGACAUUCCAAGUAUUGUACAGGGUUGAUCGAAUGAAAGAUGCGAAUUCGAAUCAUGAUGAGACGUUUCACAAGUCUCAACGUCAACUUUCGCUUGUAAAGUAUAACAUACCACCAGCAUUUCAAGAAGCGUUUCAUUUAGAGACUAGUCCACAAAAAGUUGUCAAAAAGUUAGUGUGCGCGUCUCUAGUCGACUCAUUAGUACAGCUGGCACCUUUGGAAAAGAAAGAAGUUGUUAAAAAAGGUAUGCUUGAUUUUAUUUAAAAUGUACUAAUAGUGUUACGUUAUUACGUAAUUUUUAUUUAGUUUUGUAAAUUUUAGUUUGUUUUGGUACUGCGAAAUAUUUUUAAAUCGAGUUCGUAUUGGUUUUUGUAAUAAUAGUUGAUAACAUAAACGCUGCGCGUAAAAGUUAUAAAUUCUUUGUUUUAGCCGUUGUCGCUGUGCUUUCGCGGGCUGGUGUUUUUACGUCCGUGUACAUGUCUGAGGAUCUACAAAGUUUUCGAUCUCCGUUAACACAAGUUAUAAAUUCGUUUGUAAACAGCACAGCUUCGUUCUUUCCUUUAAGCGUGUUUUCACCUCGUGUUGACGCAUCGUAAGUUAAUUGGUGUUUUAUUUUUUUAAAUAACUGUUAAUACAAGAGUAAAUGGCUUUGAAUAUACAUAUAUGUGUUAUACGAAGCGUUUUAUAUGCAUAUUUCUACUAACACAGUGUAAAUUUAUUCAAUUGUUUUUUAAAUUGUAAUUUGUUUUUUUUUCAGUUUGUCAUACAGCGUUGGGGAGUUUUCAAUUGUUUCAAGAAGGUACUGUCAGGACUUCGAAGAGAUUUCUGCUAUUGGAUGUGGGGGAUUUGGUCGCGUGUAUAAAGUCAAAUCUCGUUUGGAUGGACAUUUUUAUGCAAUUAAGAAGAUUUUAUUGCGGAGCGCACAAACAGAUGUACUGACCAAAGUAAGUUAUCUUGACCAUUUUUUUACUAAAGUAUUACAACUUAUUUUAUGUAGUUUAAUGUGAUUUUUGUUUUUUGAUGUUUAAAUGUGCUAGAAUUCAAAAUUUUCUAUUAUUUUUAUAUUAUUUAAUUUAGACAGUGAAGGAGUGCAAGUAUCAUGCCACUUUUGAAGAUCCGCACAUUGUAAAAUACCAUAAUGCUUGGGUUGAGCUUCAAAACGUUGAUGAUGCUACGGAUUAUUUAACGUAGGUUAUGCUUACACAUUUAUAAAUAACUGGUUAUCUAAUUUGUGAUUUUUUAAAGAUUAAAAAAGUAAGAACUGUUUAAUUUUAAAUUUUUUUAUGUAACACAACACGAUAAUAUUCGUUUAAUGCUUUUAAUUGUUCUAACCAGGGACGUCGCUAUGGAUUUUCUCUGGGGGGGGGGUCGAAAAUUUUUUUUUCGCUUACAGGUAGCUUACCUGCGGACUGAUUUUUCAAUUUUUUUUGUCGUUUUUCCGCAUACAGGUGGAUUUUUUUUAGGAUUGGCUUUGGGGGAACGGGUACCCCCCCCUCCCCCCCCUCUACUCCCUCCUCCAAACGACGUCUCCGGUUCUAACGUUUUUUGUCUAAUUUUCAGGGUCAAAACUUCAUCCAACAUGUCGGAAGAAUGUAGGCUAAGUUUUAAACAAAGCGAAGAUACCGAUAGCCUUGUUUGCUUCACAAAUGGCACAAGCAAGAGCAAAGUGAAUAAACACGGGUCUACAGUUCCAGAGAGGGAUGUAGUUGAUACAGAUUCAAUUAGUACAUCAUCGUCUUCGGAUAAAAAUUUAAGUCAACAAUUAGUUAUUCGCAGAAGGCGAAACUCUGAUACCAGAAUGCCAGGAACUGUUGUGCAGGUGAGUUAUUGUUAGAUACCUUUUUGGAGAGUGCAAACAUUUUUUUUGUAUUUUAAAUAUUACUUUCAAGGACAGUGCCCGACUUGCCCCGCUCUGAUUGACUUUAAACUUUUUAUAUAAAAAGAUUAUGUAAAUAUAAGAUGUUGAGCAAAGUACUAAAUUGCGUUUUCCAGUGAAUCAAGAGAAAAUUGAGAUCAAAAAAUUACGUUUUCAAUUUUCCGCCAAAUUGCCAUUGUGUUUCAAACUGAUAACUAUGUCAUUUUUCUUCGGUUAAUGAUAGAAAACCUAUAAAUGAACCUACAGUUUUAAACGUGUAAGCUUAGCUUGUUGGAAAAUUCGAAAAAAGUGCUUGAAACGCAAUGCCAAGUUUAUGAAAUUGGCAGGAAAUUCAAAAAUAUAAAACGUAAAAUGAAAGGUACUUUAUCUCGCUUUUCUACUAGUAUAUUUAAGAAAAAUUAUUAAGCAUCAAAAAAUGACAGUUAUAUGCUUGAAAGAGAAUGCUAAUUUGGCGGGAAGUACAAAACGUAAUUUUUUAAUCUCGAUUUUCUCAAACGUUCCUGGAAGGCGAAUUUAGUACUUUGCUGCAGAUCUUGUAUUUACAUGACCUUUCUCUAUAAAAAGUUUAAAUUUAAUUAGAGCGGGGCAGAUCGCGCACUUUCCUUGUUAAAAUUAACGAGGGCGAGCUAAAACUAACAUUUAUUUAUUUUUAGGGGACGUACCCAAUUUUAUUUAUUCAAAUGGAACUUUGCCAUGCUACAUUAGCAACGUAUUUGGUUAAAAGAAAUCAACAAAAGAUUGGUAAGUUUAUACAUUUAUUUAGCAAUAGAAAUUUUAAAAUUGUAUUAUUUCGAAUCAAAGGUACUUAAAAUUUAGUUUUAAGGUAAUAAUGUUUUCAGCUGAAAUUGAUUGCAUAUUUAACCUUAAAGUAAUAAAGGAUGUUGUUAGUGCCAUCGAUUUUUUACAUGAUCGCAAUGUUAUCCACCGUGACAUCAAACCAAGCAAUGUAUUUUUGAAAAAGUUUCAUAAUGGGCAAAUAAAAGCCAUGAUUGGCGAUUUUGGCUUGACUAUCGGCCAUGAUGAUACAAAAGACGGUGUGGAUGACUUCCUUGUCCAUCCGUUUCCAUCGAUUUCAAAACGGACUAAAGGCGUUGGUACAGCUAUUUAUGCGGCACCAGAGCAGCUUAAUUCUAACAACUAUGAUGUAUCUGUAAGUUAUUGUUUCAAUUAUAAAAAACCUAUUUAAAUAUUUUUAAAUUGUCUUAUUGUUUUUAUAAUAAUUGAAAGUUUUAUUAUAACUUAUACAAUGUGUUUCGAGAACGUUUAUCAAACAAUUUAACAUUGUUUACGUUUUUAGGCGGACAUCUACAGCUUAGGUAUAGUAAUUUAUGAAAUCUUUCAAGUUUUCAAGACAGACAUGGAACGGGUUUCUGCUCUCAAAAACAUUCGAAAAUUAAACCACUGUUCGGAAGCGUUUACAUUUAAAUGGCCAAAUUGGACGGAACUGAUUGAUAGCAUGGUCAAUAUUAUUGCUUCACAGCGACCGAGUGCUAAACAAAUUUUGAGUAAAAUUAGGGAAAUGGAAGAAGUUUCAGAAAAUGAUCGGCUCAAACAACAACUUACAAGCCUUCAAGAUCAAAACCAGAAGCUUUUGGAAAUGGUUGAGUUUUACCAAAAGUUAUACGGGACGGUUGAUGAAGUGAAACUGAAAACGAAUAUAGAUACUUUAAGUACUAUUAUUUAG